GAUGUGGGUUUUCCCCUUUAUCCUGCUUAACUCAGUGGUGACAGUUCUCAUGCAUGUUGCCUCCUGCAUGGUCAGUGUUGGUUUUAAAGAAAUAUGUGACUCGUUGACGAAAGGCAAACACAAGCAUUUUUCCAGUUGUAUAGAAGCAGAAAACCAGAAACUUCAGUCAGUGGCAACAAAGGAAACGACUACUAUGGGACGCUUCUACACCUUAAUUAAUGUUUCUCAGAAAGCCUCAUGGAUUUUAACAGUUUGCUGGCUGGCGCUGGUAAUUUUUGGAAUUUUCCAAUUUGUACUCAAUAGGCGCCAGAAAACUCAUGCACGUCAUGAAGUCAAUUAACAGAGCCAGUACAGAACAGUCGUCAUAGUGAAGAAUCUACGUCAAAUAUGAUGUACACAAUCACUUAUGUCAUAGACUUCAUGACA